CGACUUCAAAGUGCACAUGCAACCUAACCAGUGGUUGAGAAACUGUGACUCUGACCUGAUAUCGUCGAUAUGGCCAACUAAAAUACAAUACGACAAAAUUCUAACCCCUGGAUAUGGCAGGUCUCUCUGGUCUUAAGAUCCUGCUGCUCUGGACUGGGAUCCUCAUUAUGGCCAAGUGUCAAGUGACAUCUCCAAAUAAAACAGACAGCACUCAAGCCCCUCAACCUCUGAAGUGUUCCUACACGGUCAAACCCAUCCAGUUUGGCUUCCAGAUAGACAUGACGAAGAACUUUACGACUGGCAACUACACCAUCAACAUUAAUGAAAAGGGCCGACCAGAUACCAGACACAAGUAUUCUAUUCAGUUCUCCGAGAGUAACUCAGCUCAUGCAAUCAAACACCUGAAGCCCUGCACUGACUAUGAGCAUAAUGUGGCAUUUAUUGAUGGUGCUGGCAAAGAAACACCCCGUUACUGCACCAAUCAAAUAAAUACAACCAGGACAUUAGGAAUGAAUCAAGGUGACAUUAAAGGUAAAAAAUGCAUGCCUGGAUAUGUUUGUUACAAUAGUGAAUGGGACAUCAGCUCUUCACUAUCAACACCAAAUAAUAUUUCAGCUGUGACGUGCAAAAGGGACGAAAAGGAGAUCUGUUUUAAACCUCGUUACAAUGACAUUUGCACCGAUUUGACUACAACGUUCACUUCAGGAAACUGUGCUAAAAACAUUAACCUCCACACAAGCAUCACUGCUGAUUUCUUAAAUCCAAGUGAAAUAAGUAAAACAAUCCCAACUAAACUUCCUGCAGAAAUAAAAACAAAUUUGCCACCAAACUGCAAACAUCUCAACAUCACUUACACCUGUCUGGAAGAUGGAAAACCCAAUGAAUUGAAUCUUACCGACCUGGAGCCCUACACAAACUACAACUGUACCGGUCAGAUCAUGCACAACAAUGUCAUCAUAAACAAAACAACUGCUAUCCAGUUCAGGAUUGACUGUGAUCUUACUAUAAGCAUCUUAGAGCUAAGUGUCACCAACAAUUCCAUUCAUCUGAGCUGGAACACACACAGUGAGAAAUGUGGAGAUGUCCUUUCUAAUCUUCCGAAGCUUUCUUAUGAGUGCAGCUGUCAGCCUAGAUCUGAGGAAUACAGAAUGAAUCAAACAAUUAAUGCAGGAAAUACAGGAGGCUCAUGUACAAUUAGUAGACUGGAACCAUACACCAAGUAUGAGUGUGCAGUCCAGCCCAAAUACAAUAAAAGUAACGUUGCAGGAGUUAAUAAAAAAACGACUAGGACAAAGAUUGGAGUGCCAGGAAGAAUCCAGGAUCUGAUGUUGGAUCUUACACAGCAUAACGUGAUUAAGGCAACCUGUAAAGCUCCACAUACAUUGAAUGGACCUGUUGAGUCAAUACGUUAUAUCGCACGUCUUUAUAUUGGUGGUGUCCUGAAGUACACUCUGAAUGAAACCAAAUGCAAGUUUGAAUUCAAAGAUUUAAGCUACUCAACCAAUUACAGUGUGGAGGUGACUGCUUCUUAUGGAGGUGACGAGAGCGAUAUCAUCGAAGGAUCUACAUCUAUUUCCUUUGACAAUGCUCUCAUUGUUCGCUUGGUCUUCUUCAUCUUGACAUCUCUGGCCUUCGCCUUAGUGCUCUAUAAGAUCUACACUCUGAGGCUCAGAAAGUCCAGGAAUGAUGAAAAUGUGGAUGAAAAUGAAGCGAUUGAACUUACGGAAAUUUAUGAGAAUGUGUCUGGACCUGAAUGCCGCUAUAGAGACACAACCUGAUCAAGAAAGACCUGAUGGAGCUGCCAACCAAAACAUCUCUAACCCGUAUGACGUAGCUGUAUAUAGCCAACAGAAAUAUUUGUAAUCUGCUUUCACCUGCAAUGGUCUGUUAAAGAGAAGACGGGAGGGAUUAAUUAUGCCUUGGUGUCUUCAAGUGUUUAAGUAGUUAUUUUUGGUUGUUAUGUUUUAAUGUGAGCACUGUAACAAGUGGAACAUUUUAUUUUUGUAUUCAAAUGUUUAUCUCAUAAGAUUAUAACCUGCUUUAUUGUUCUGUUAAUAUGAUGUGACAUUGUCCUUUUAUAUUUACACCCUUGCCAAACGACACCACCUAAAGAGGGGGAAAUGAAUAGCAACAGUUGUUAAGUUCUGCAGACGCAGUCAGGAAGAUGUCAGCUCAAGCUGAUGUGUACAGAUGAGGCAUUGUUGGUGUUUUUAGUCUUUUGUUACAGAUAUAGUUUUUCACAUGUAUGUAUUUGAUGUAUUGUCUUUCCUUGUCUUUGUAUGAGCAAUAACCACUCAUAAUAAUACAAAAAAAAAGCCCAAAAAAUAAAUUAGCAGUGCGCUUGUAUGCAACAUCA